ACCACUCUUUCCAGAAUGAAUCUUUUCUGCUUCUCUCUGGAGGGCUCUAUGGACAGCCUGUAUGAGGCCGUACAGCAGUCCUGUGAGGCCCAGGUGUACACCAUCCCCAGCAGGUCCUGCAGCCCAGCUGUCCUCUUAGAUGACAACACCAAAUGGAGGAGUGCAGGCCGUUCCAUCUCCAUGGAAAUUUCACAAAUCAACACAGACAACAACAAAAAGAAGAUACGAAGAUCACUACCUAAGUCUGUCUCUGAAAAUGAAGCUUUAGAUAAUACCGUCUGUACUAAUUCCAUCUGGCAGGCCGCCAAAAAACAAGAAGACUCAGUCCUUCUGAGGAACAAUCAGAAUAAAGAUCUGGUGAGAGCUCUAAGGAGGGUUGAGAGUCAGACAGUGGCGGACAGACAGACUCAGACCAUCUCUAGAAACACACAGAAAGAGCCACCUGUCCAGAUUGUCUAUAAUGAUGGAUGUAAUCCAAACCAAGAUCGACCAAGCAGCAGUCAGAAUGCUGUGACUGAGGCAGCAAAUGCAGAGAUGGCACAGACAAGAGGUAUGAGAGUGAAAAAAUUUGAGAGGAAAAGCAGUCACAGAGGGACCCCGAUACAAGAGACAGCAGCUCACAUCAAAGUUGCCAGCGGAAUUAUGCCUGUGUUAGAUGUAGGAGCACAGCCACAUACACAGGAGAAUACCACCCCUUUUGUAGAGUCAAGGGUCAUGGAGGCAGCACCCGCCAAUAGACAGCGCUGGAGCAACCCCAUCUGGGUACCGGCCUACAACGCCUGUCAACCUCACCCCAUUGAAUAUCGAAUUCACACCUGUGACUGCACUACAUCCAGGCCUCCAAGUCAAGGAGACAAAAUCAACGUUCAUACCAUGAAGAGAGACCCCUCGCCCAAAGGAGUUGUGUGUUCCACCACCAACGUGGAUUUCUGUGCCUCUAAUCGAUCAACAAGUUUUGGAAGAUUUGACACGUUCAGACAUCAACACUCCCCUUCCCGGCUUGAGGAAAAUGGAACAGCGGAGACAGAUGCUGAAUCAACAGCACAGAAUUGUGAGAAACCAGGAAGUCUGGGGAAAAAAAUGAAGGCCAUCUCUAUGACUAUGUGUAAACGGAUGGGCAAGAAACACGUCAAAUCUUUCUUGGAGGACAUGGGUGAUGACACUGAAGGAGAAAUAGAGAAUGGGUCUACAGUAGAGAAGAACUCAGACCAGACCAGCAACUCACUAGAAAGUCUCUGCAGUGCACAGAGCUCCUCCAGCUCAGGUGGUGUGGCUAGAAAUUCAGAUGGAUCCAGUAACAGAGAUAGCCUGAAACUGGAGGAGGCAGUGCCCUACACAGGCCAGUUCUGCGGACGAGCCAGAGUACAUACAGACUUUGUGCCCAGCCCAUAUGAUACAGACUCCCUCAAACUAAAGGUGGGAGACAUCAUUAGCAUUGUAAGUAAACCACCAAUGGGUAUAUGGACUGGCAUGCUCAACGGUAAAGUGGGAAAUUUCAAGUUUAUUUAUGUGGAUGUUCUGCCUGAGAAAGAGGAGGAGGAGAAGGAGGCCCCAAAAAUAAGACCUGUGAAAGUUUGCAGGAAGCCACGACCGAAUACACUCCUGGAGUUAUUAGAGAGACUUCAUUUAGAGCAAUAUGCAUCCUCGUUACUCCUGAAUGGCUACCAGACAGUAGAUGACCUCAAACAUCUCAAAGAGAGGCAUUUGAUUGAGCUGAAUGUGAUUGAUCCAGAUCACAGGUGCAGGUUGCUUGCUGCGUCAGAGUGCCUCUAUGUCACAAGCAGAGAUGAACAGGGAGAGAUAAAGGGUGAUGAGGAGGAAGACGAAGAUUGUCUCAGAGACUCUGGUUGUUUUAUUCCAGCAGAGUGUCCUGACAGUUGAGAGUCACUCAUUAGUUGUCGAAUGUCUCUCUCUUCACAUAUAGUAUAAUGAUAAAGCUACAAAACAAACACAAAACUCAGCUGAGAUGUUUCAUUUUGUGAUUAUAUUUGUUUGGUCCUUAAUAUAGUAAUUGGCCUACUUUGGUUUUGUAUUUACACAGUCUGUUCAGCUUUCUGUUGAUGUAACCUGUUUUGUUCAAUGUAAAUGUUUUUGAAUUUUUUACAAACCUACAUGUGUGUGACAAAUUGUUCACAAAUGGUUAUCAUGACUGAAUUGUAUAUAAUAUUAUUCAAAUAAAUAAAUAAUUUAUUCUUCAGCACA